AUGUCCAACGAAAUAGAUGAAUACUUUAACCGCAAGUCUACAGAGUGGAAUAUUUUUGAUUUUUUGGGAGAAUCUAAUGAAGAACCUUUUCAACGAAAGAUAGAUAGGUACAUUAAGAGCCUUAAAACCAUUGUUGAUCGUGAAGAAGGCAAGAAGAAGGAAAAAGCAAAAUAUCUCCUUCAAAGAUAUAGAGAGGCGAGUAUAUUCUUAUCAUAA